GAUUUGCGCAUGCCAUGUUUUUGAUUUUCUGGCGCGAGAUUGGAGAGAAUUAUUUGUAUGGUGGUCAGUCGGGAUUGGAAUGGAUGACGAAUUCUUCCGCUGAAGAAACAAUUCCGACAAGUCUUCCCUGUUUCUGAUUACGUCGUCGUCAAUUUGUGAUAUGGAUCAGCACUGCUUGUACGAGGGUGAAGUUUGUUGUGGAAGUACUGAGUGCGAAAUUCCUGCAUGCCACGCACGGUAUUCAUGGCUUAACCCAGACGCUCUAGAAACGUUCUUGCGAGACCCACAAAAAGUGCUGACGAUUGACUGUCGAAAAGCUUGUUACAAUCGAUCUGCGCGUGAACGUUGCUUUCCAAAGAUCCAGAGUCUCCAUUACCCAGACGGCGGGUGGCGUGCAUGGCUUGUCGUUCUGGGUGCAUGGUGCGCGCUGGUACCUGCAUUCGGGAUCGUUAACACUAUAGCGGUGCUUGAGGAGUGGUUGUCUGAACAUCAACUGAAAGAUUACCCCAAGUCGUCGGUAUCAUGGAUCUUUAGCCUAUGGAUUUUCUUCUUCUAUCUAGGGGGCGUUCAGGUUGGGCCUAUAUUUGAUGCCCACGGGCUGAAGCCUUUGCUUAUUCCAGGAUGCAUUGGGAUCGUGGUAUCGCUCAUGAUACUGAGCAUUUCUACUGAAUUUUAUCAAUUCAUUCUCGGUUUUAGCUUGUUAGGAGGGGUCACUGCAUCGAUGGUCUUCACCCCGAGUCUCGCCGCCGUCAACCAUUGGUUUCUGCACCGCAGAGCUUUAGCAAACGGCUUCGCCAACACCGCCGGAAGCAUUGGCGGUAUUAUCUUCCCCCUUAUGGUAGGAGGCCUCAGUGAGAAAGUGGGCUUUCCCUGGGCAAUCCGUAUCAUGGGCUUUGUCUGCGCCAUCUUCUGCGCCGCCUCCACUCUCCUUCUCCGAACCAGACUACCACCCAACAAAGAAGGUGGAAGCACCAUCGACCUGCGCGCACUGUGCGAUAUACGCCUAACCACAGUCGCAGGCGCAAUUGUCCUUGUCGAGAUCGGCUACCUCAUCCCAAUGACCUACCUAGUCUCUUACGCCACCUCCCACGACGUCGACGGCUCCCUCUCCUACCAACUAAUGGCCAUCCUAAACGCAGCCUCAAUCUUCGGCCGCGUGAUCCCCGGCUACAUGGCAGACCAAUGGGGCCGCUUCAAUGUAAUUAUCGUGACAACCUUCACCUGCACGGUCCUGAUCCUCGCCCUGUGGUUGAAAUCCGGCACCAACGCGUCCGCCAUUGUCAGCUUCGCGGCGUUCUUCGGUUUCUGGAGCGGAACAGCGGUCAGUCUAGCACCCGUGUGCGUGGCACAGAUCUCUAAAACGGAGGAGUAUGGGAAGAGGUAUGGGACGACGUAUUCGCUGGUGAGUUUUGGGUCGCUGAUUGCGAUUCCUGUCGCGGGAGAGAUUUUAAAGGCGCAGAAUGGAGAUGUUGAGCUCGAGACGAAUUAUUCGGGGUUGAUUGUCUUUGCGGGAGUUGCGUAUGGAGGGUCAAUGUUGUUUUUUAUUAUUUCGAGGGGGGUUAGUGGGGGGUGGAGUUUAAAAAAAAUUUUCUAGGUUCGGGUUGGAGGGUUUGGUUGGAUAGCUAGAUUGGAUAAGUAGAUAGGGUUAGUUACAUAGACUGCAAAAUUUACUUUAUACCCUUUUUCGUUAAAUUAUUUCGAACUCGUAUGUUCUCUAUAGAGACGGCAAUGGAGAUUUAGCCUUAGUAAGAAAAAAAAAAAAAAAUAGGCCCUAUUCCACG